CAACAUGUCUACACUUCUUUCAUUUUCAGAUUUGCACGGGAUGCCUGAGCCGAUAUUCUACCCCUGUCAGGUUCGACAUACCAGGGUACAUCCAGUUGUUCAUUCAUUCUCCUAUCCCUAUCUUUGGGUUGUGCUGCCUGUUCGGUGGCGGGGCAACAGUAUCGAGAAAUACAACUCGCCUGUCGUCGGCUCUGGAUGGUUUACCGUGGAUCCCGGUGAUUACCUGGAAAGAGGCAACCAUACUGGACUACACGGGAAGCUUCGUCACUAUCUGCAUAGUCAGCGCCUCCGGGAUGAAGAAUACCCCUACGUCUUUCUUCUUACUGCUCCCAAAGUGCUAGGCCAUGUCUUUAAUCCCGUCUCUUUCUGGUAUUUAUAUUCCAUCAAUAAAACCUUGGCCGCGGUUAUCUUAGAGGUGAACAACAACUUUGGUGAGCGGCAUAUGUACUUGCUCCUAUCGACUGGGUCAACUUCUGGGGACACUAGUGUUGCCGAUCCUGCAGAUCAGCCUUGCCAUACAUUGAACCGCUUCUCCAGCACCUGGUCGAAAGACUUUCAUGUUUCACCGUUCAAUCCCCGAGAGGGCAUGGCAUAUACCCUAACCACCGCUGAUCCCUUGCGGUGCGAAAGGCCGAUCGACAGUCGGAUCGUGCUAGUUGCCUCCAAUCGGGUCCGACUCAUUGCUUCUAUCCGCGCUACGGGGCCGGCGAUCCGCCCAGCUGCUCUCUCCGCCUACCAGCGAUCCCAGCUGAUCUUAUCGUGGGGGUGGGUGGGGGCUUUAACGGAGCCACGCAUCUAUUUUCAGGCUGCAAUGCUGCAUGUGCAACGGAAAUUACGGGUCUGGUCUCUGCCGGUGCCAUUGGAGAAAACAAUCAGUCGGCGCGCAAAUCGACUCGAACGUUCGCUCGAAUAUUUUGUUAGGGGAUACCUGCGGCAUCGAGUGGAGAACACUGACGGAUCAUUUACCGUGCGGUAUUCCGCUGCAGGACUGUUUGCCAACGACGCGGUCGAGAUCAUGCAAUCACCCUCGGCGCGUGCAGUUUCGAGCAAAUGCCCGGACAAAGCCGUUGGAUUUCGGGUUCUACGGCCGGACUUCUACACCUCCUUCGUAGAGAGUCAAGCCUUGACCGCCGAAGAAGUCUUCAAGCUCUUGGCGGGACAUGAUUUCCUGCGCGUGUCGCGCAUGAAUGUGCUUCGGGAUCUAUUCUGUGAUGAAUCAGGCUCGUUUCCAGAACUUGCCAAACUCUCUAGACCCGGUUGUCUCGCUUUCCGAAUCAUCGCCUGGUUCCGAAAGGGGCGGCCCGCAGCGAGUGCUGGUCUGCGUUCUUUGUCCGCCCUGGACUACUACGUGCUGACCAGCUGUAGUCCUACUGAGCAGAGGCACUACGGGAUGCAAGUGAUGAAGUUGUUUCUUAGUCGCUACUUUGCCUUUGGGAACGUACCGAUCUUUGAAGUUGAAGUUCUUGUCGCCCUCCUGGCUGUGGGGUGGGGUCUCCUGGCCACCCUUAGUCUGGUUUAUUCUCCAGAUGAUACCACUGUCUGA